AUGUCUGAUACUCAUCCAAGCAGCCUACGACCAGGCGGUCCGUCACCUUCCAACACACCCAGGCCUGAGUCGCAGACAAUUCCUCACUCAGAAAACAUGCAAGGUCGACAACAAUUCUCGGCCUAUGGCGCAAACCAGGAACAGCAGCCUGGUCAGCAGAUGCCAGGUGAUAAUUAUGGUAGACGCAUACCUCAGUCGAUGUAUGGUGGUCAAGGACCUGAUUUUAACGUAGAAACACCAGGAGGUAGUGCUGGCAACAAUGCUUUCGUAGAUGGCCCACGAUCUAGAUCGAGCACUAUCGGUCAGUCCUAUCCUAUUACCGUCGAGCAAUCGCCACCAGCCAUGCCGUCGAUGCAACCACUAUUCGCGCAGCAUUCCGGACCUGGAUUGCAGAGCAUGGCAGGAGCUUCUAGUGGUUCAAGACCAGCUUCUCAGCACGGUCAACCAGGACGAUCUCAGGCCAUGAAUCCAUCUGUACUUCAGCCAAACUUUCAACCAGGUUCGAAUACACGACCAGGAACAGCAUCUGGCGCGCAGAGCGCUUCAAAGUCUCCGUUCACCACUCCUAUCACUUCACCUCCUCGAUCUCGGCCUAGUCAAAUUUUGUUGAUUAACCCAACAUCGAAUGUUGCUUUGACAAAUACUAUGCUAGGCUCUUUACGGCCAAUACUUCCGCCACAGUUGGAAGUAGUUGGCUAUACAGCUCAUUACCCAGCACCAACUGCCACAGAGACGACCGUUGACCAGGCUCUAUCUACAGAACUUGUCCUUCGCGACUUGGCCAAGUAUGCGACAAACAAUGGCGAAACUGUUCAGAACUUCGAUGCACUACUCGUCGCUAGCUUCAGUCAACAUCCAUUAAUCUAUGCACUUCGCGAGUCUUAUGACGUACCGGUCAUUGGUAUUCUAGAAGGCUCACUUUACGUCUCUCGUAUGCUUGGAGCUCGCUUUGGUAUUAUCGCCACCACGAACCGACACAAAGUUCAGACAGAUGACGCAGUUCAUAUGAGCGGACUCGAGCAUUACUAUGCAGGAUGUGAAUCGGUCCAUAUGAGUCCAAUGGAGAUUUUGGCAAGUGCCAGCGUCAAUCAGAGUGGUGCAUUACCAGAAGAAGUCACGAAGCGGGUUGCGCAUGCUGCAAGGAUACUAGUGAGCAGAGGUGCAGACACAUUGAUCAUGGGUAGUGAAAGCAUGAGUAGUCUGGAAGUUAUUCGGGCUGCAAAAGACGCAAUUCGAGAGGAAGAUGGAAGGAGAACCGUCAAUGUGGUGGAUUGUGUAGAGGCCGGCGUUAUGUGCUUGAAUGCCUUGGUCGGAAUGGGCGUACCUACGAGCAAGAAGGGCGUGUAUCGAGGCGAGAGGGAUGGCAGGAGAGCUAGAGUCCUUCGAACAUUCGAAGUACAACAGAAGAGUCAAUGGCUGGUUUGGUUGGGUCACGAAUAUGAGCGCCUCACGGGUCCACACUCGAAUAGAGCCCGUCGGACAAUGACGCUCGACGUCCUCAAACGCUCCACGAGAAGUGACUCAACAUAUAUGCUGAUGAGGACUUCCUCGCUAUGCCCAUGUCCCUACAACAGGACUAUAGUUGCUCUUCCCAGGACGAACGUUGAAGCACUUCGGGCAGAAAGAAUGGCUCUACCCACCUUCCUCGCCAAGCCAUUGCUAGCAUCGCUCCUGCUUUCUAUCCUUUACGUUCUCGUUCGAGCUCUUCACCGUCUCUCACCCUUCCACACACUUUCUCACGUUCCUGGUCCACUUCUACCUCGUACUACCUCUCUAUGGCUCGUCUACCACGCCUGGAUCGGGGAUGAAUGCACCGCUACUCAUGCCCUUCACCAACGAUAUGGUCCCAUCGUCCGCACGGGCCCCAGCAGCGUCGAUAUCGCUGAUGGCACAGCACUCCACGACAUCUACAGUGCACGUGGCGGGUUUCGCAAACCUGCUUUCUAUGGCAAUUUCGACAUAGAUGGACAUAGAAGUAUUUUCAGCGAGGUUGUGCCUGAGAAUAGGGCGCCGAGAGCAAAGGCUGUGUUGCCGUUGUUUGCGACAGGCACUUUGAGGGCGGGAAAGGAGAGGUUGGAUGAGAUUGUUUGGGGGUUUGUCCGAAGGCUCGAAGGCGAGAAAGAAAGGAGUAGGCGAAUGGGUAAGGCGUUGAACGUUUUGGAUGUGUGUCGGGGUUUGGCUCUCGAUGCUGUUACUGGAUAUCUUUUUGGACGAGCUUACGGAGGACUUGGAGGUAGUGGUGGAGAGGUGAAAGGUGAGAAGGAUGUUCCGCAGUCAUUUGCAAAGAGCGAUGAAGGGAGCCCUACUGGAAUGAGUGCAAAUGGCAUGGUUGAUCUGUUCGUCGGAGUUGGCAGGUUCUGGUAUUUACCGUCUUGGGCCUUUCAAUGGGUCGAUUACUUUGACAGCAAGUUUGGUGCCGGUAGCUCGGAAGAGGUAGGUGAUUCGAUAAGUCUCGUCGACAAGUUCGUGGCAGGUGUCGUGAACGACGCUCAAUUGGCUCUACAAAGCACCAGAGACACCGAAGACUUCUCUAUCAAUGGUAUCUCGACCACGUCUUACCCAGCUCGUCUACUCGCUGCUGGACUGUCGAUCUCAGAAACACGAGCACAAUGCAAAGACCUGAUAUUCGCAGGUACAGACAGCACAGGAAUGAACAUGGCUACAAUUCUGUUUCACCUUACUCGCCAGCCGGAUGUGCUUGCGAAGUUACAGCAUGAGCUUGAACAAAACAAAGACGUAACAGAUUUGAUCGAAAUCCAAAGCCUGCCAUACCUCAGAGGUGUCGUUCGGGAAGGUCUAAGGCUAAGCAUGGCGAAUCCAAGUCGACUACCACGAGUCGUGCCCAAGGACGGCUGGACCUUCAACAACAUAUACUUUCCAGCCGGCAUUGAAGUAUCAUGUACACCCUUUGAGCUCCACCUCAACCCAGCAGUCUUUCCAGAACCACAUUCUUUCAAGCCAGAGCGUUGGAUGCAAGGUACAGGCGCAACGAUGGAAAUGGAUCGUGAUGCGAUCCCGUUUGGGCUCGGUUCACGGCAGUGUAUCGCGAGGAAUUUGGCUACUGCUGAGCUGUUCCUUGCUACAAAAGCCGUUGCCGAGAGUGGAGUGCUUGAUGGUGCGAAGGUGUUGCAGGACAAGAUCGAGAUUUUGGAGUGGUUUAAUAGUCAUGUGAUUGGUGGGAAGAUUGAGUUGUUGUGGUCAUGA